UAGGGGUAGUUCAUACAAGGGAGGAAUUUACAGUGACUUCAAUACGGUAACAGCAAAGCGGCAUUAAUACAGCCAACAACCUUUCCCCUGACAAUUCAUGAUUAUUGGUCCCUAAUAAGUAAUAUAAGCCUGUUUGAAAAGUUGCCCUUAGGGAGAGUGUUGAAAACGGCAGUGUGGAAUACGCCAACAUUUUUGCUGUGCCGUAUGGAGAGACCCUGCAGAUAAAGCUGAUAGAGCGAGAGGUGGAGGUGUGGUUACAGAACACUGUAAAAAUUCAGUGUUUCUCCAAUGUGUAGUUAUUGUUUGCCGUGUGUCCAGCCAGGUCCCCUCGCACACAGUUUGCAAAGAAGGGCUGGGGUGGUUCAGGCCUCAGAGUACAAAGGGGAGGGAGAUGUGCUUCACCCUGGUCCUCCUCCUUGGGCUUGUUGGUCCUGGUGUCCACCUCUCUCCAGAGGUCCAGGACACUACCUAUCAGGACAGCCUCCUCAUCCUUGGCCAUCCCCUUUAUGUGCCUCUUCACAAGCCUUCUACCUCCCACCCCCUUGGGCAGCCAAUGCCCUCCUUUAUUCCCCUUAACCAGUCAUCCUUUACAGCUGUGUCUUGGCUGUCCUCCCUCCUACCUCUUGAGCCCCCUCCCCUCUGGAGGCACACUGCUGACAUCAUCACGAUGCACCUCCUCAGCAGCUCUCCCUUGGACCUGCUCCGCCCGUAAUGGCACCGUGGCCUCUGCUUGUACGGCCUGCCCUUGGCUGUUAGGGCUUGGAUUCUGCUGGUCUGCAUAGCCCCUGCUUCUCCUUCCUGGUCGCCGCCCACUGCCAAGGCCUUGGCAGGCCUCUGCCAAGGACUCAGUUAUCCGUCCCCGGAGGAGGAGGAUUGUUGUGGGAGCCCCCGGCGAGCAGAACUCCACAGGCAAGAUCUACCAAUGUAGUAUGCAGAGUAAAGAGUGCCAGGACGUUCCCCUGGAGGGAAGUUCUGGAGUGUCCCAUCUUGGCAUGACUUUAGCACGCAAUGCUCAGGGAUCUCAGAUGAUUGCAUGUGGGCCAGGAGUUGCUCAACACUGCGACAAGAAUCUCUAUGUGAGCGGGAUCUGCUAUCUGCUUGAUGCUAAAUUGAGUAAUCCCCAGAACAUAACGACUGGAUAUGAAAAAUGCCUGAAAGGAAACUUGGACCUGGUGUUUCUCUUCGAUGGAUCGGAAAGCAUGACAAAUGCCCAGUUCAACACCACGCUGUCGUUCAUGAUAGACGUGAUGGAGCAACUGCGCAACAGCACCAUACACUUUGCUGCUGUGCAGUUUUCGCAGUCCACGACCACCGCCUUUGAUUUUAAUGCUUAUAUCAGAGACCCCAACCCUCGAAAACUCUUGGCCAAUGUGCAACAUGAGAAAAGCAUCACAAAUACUUACAAGGCGAUCAAGUUCGUAGUGGAUACCAUUUUCACACCUGAGUGCGGCAUGCGACCACAGGCAAACAAAGCAAUUAUCAUCAUCACAGAUGGACAGGCCACUGAUAUAGACACUGGGGGCAUAAGCGCAGCAAAGAAUAAGGCGAUUACACGCUUCAUCAUUGGGAUUGGGCAGAAGUUCAAGAAGAGUGAGUCUGAAGUGUUUGCCUCAACGCCCAAGGAGCAGUUUGUGAAGCACCUUGACACAUUUGAGCAGCUCAAAACCAGCUUUACUGAUCUCCAGUCCAAGAUCUAUGCCAUCGAAGGUGUAACUGCAGAUGGGAAUGGUACCAGUGACAGCGGCUCCUUCCACUUGGAGUUAUCAUCCAGUGGAUUCAGUGCAGAUAUAUCCCAGGGCCGGGUGGUCUUGGGUGCUGUGGGUGCUGACAACUGGGCCGGGGGACUGUUAGAACCGCAAAAUGAUUUCAUCAGUGAAAGGUUCAUCACCGCCCCCUUGGCCAAGAAGGAUAUGGUAGCAGCCUACUUGGGAUAUGCAGUGAAAUUCCUAAAGCACAAUCAAAAAGAGUUCUAUGCUGCUGGUGCUCCCCGAUACCAGCAUGUAGGACGGGUCUUCAUCUUUGAGGUCAACCUCACCACUACCAACUGGACUUUAACACAGGAGAUAGAAGGGCCGCAGAUUGGGUCAUAUUUUGGGGCAGUACUUUGCCCAGUGGAUGUAGACAACGAUGGCGAAACAGACCUGCUCCUCAUUGGGGCUCACCUGUAUUUCACUGAGGCGAGAGGGGGUCUUGUUUAUGUGUAUGGCUGGGGACAGAACGGUCUUGUCCACCAAGGGGAGCUUCAGGGGGACACAGGAUACCGCCUGGGCAGGUUUGGAAUGGCCAUUGCAGACCUGACAGACAUCAAUGGAGAUGGAAGGACAGAUGUGGCUGUGGGAGCUCCUUUAGAAGAUGAGGAGAAUGGAGUCAUAUACAUCUAUAAUGGACAUGGGAGGACCCUGAAUAUGCAUUAUAGCCAGAGAAUUAAAGGUGCAAACGUUUCUCCCGGCUUGAAGUUCUUUGGACAGUCCAUCUAUGGAAAGACAGAUCUCAGUGGAGAUCAACUAACUGACAUUGCAGUAGGAGCUCUAGGAAAUGCUGUGGUGCUCCGCUCCAGGCCCGUCAUUACAGUGGCCGCGGCAGUAAAGUUCCAACCCCAGGAAAUCCCAGUGAAAAAUGUGGAGUGUUUGGGUGAUGCCAGCUCCUGGAAGACUGCGUCGGUCAACCUCAGUAUCUGCUUCAACACCACCUUGGCCACCUACCACUACCAAGGUCCUAUCUCUGCCAGACUCUCCUUCCACUUGGAGAUUGAUCAAUUUAAGAUGAAGAACCGAGGAGUGUUUCGCAAUGGUGAGAAGGUUACACAUGGGGUCCUCGAGAUAAUCUCUUUGAAAGAGGUGUGCAUUCCAGAGAAUAUCCUUUUCCAGAACUGCCUUGAGGAUUACAUCAAGCCUAUCGAGGUCUUUGUAAACUUCUCUCUUGAGGAUGGCCAUGAACCUAACAACGGGAAUCCUAGGCCUGUUCUGAACUCCCAAAGCAGCAACACUACACAGGCGAUUCAUUUUCAGAAGAACUGUGGGACAGAUGAAGUCUGUAACGCUGACAUGAAAAUCGUCUUCCAUAGUUCAGGAUCUAAGGAGCUGCUUGUAUUGCCUGGAAAAGAGGUGAAUGUGAGCCUGCAGUUGAAGAACAAUGGAGAAAAUGCAUAUUAUGUAACCCUUCAUGUGCCUCACAUUCCAGGCCUUUCCUUCCGCAAAGCUUCUGUGCUCAAGUCCACUACUCAAACCAUUGUGAACUGUGAUGGGAUGCAGCAAGGUCAAGACUCCAAGGACCUCUUGUGCAAUAUCAGCCACCCAGUUUACAGGGAGAACGCAGAGGCUCUGAUCCAACUCCAGUUUAGCAUCCUUGACAACAAUGCCUGGGGAAAUGAGGUGAAGAUAGUGGUCAAUGUCAGCAGUGAGAAUGAGGAGGAUAUAACAUCCCUUAGUGACAACAAUGCCGCUGAUAGCAUUCCUGUCCGGUACCCCGUCAACAUCAUUGUCAGGAGCUUAGAUACAUCCAUCCAGAGAGUGGACUUCAGUUCCCUAGACCAAGGAAACAAGACUGUGACACACCUGUACGAAGUGAUCAACAAGCCUAUGGGUGCUUUCCCAUCUCCUGAAAUGACAGUGUUUGUGAUGGUGCCAUCUGUACUUCCUUCUGGACUGAUAUGGAAGGUGGAUACUGUCCAAAGUGAUCACGCUGUGAGUUGCCAGCCCCUCCAAAACAAUACAAAAAGCACAAGAGCAUCAGACGGCAUCAAAAAUCACUCCCACCAGAUUGAGAAAUGUGAAGUUAAAAACUUUCUCAUCUACCAGUGUAAUCUUGGACAAAAUAAUUCUGGAAUCAAUGUUACUGGGGUGUUGCAUGCCACCAAAGAAAUUGAGUGUUACUCUUCAUCUAAGCUGUGCACAGCCUUGUGGUUAGAAUUUGACGACAAAAGAUACAAGCAGUACUACAACAUUGCACUGGAAUCCCAGGUUACCACUGAAGUGGAAAUGAUUUUCGUGAUGAACUACCUCCCUGUGAUUAUAGGCAGUGCCACUGGAGGUUUUCUCUUGCUAAUUAUCAUCAUUGCGGGACUUUACAAGUGCGGCUUUUUCAAGCGUAAUUAUAAAGACAAGCUGGACACUGAAGAAGAAACAAUGAGUGCAUUGCAAGAAGACAAACCAGAAGGCAAUACAGAGGGUGAUAAAGAGAUAGAAACCAAAAGUUUAACAGACCAAACAAAUGGAGAAGUUGAGAGCAAAUGACCAGAUCAGUUUCCCACCCCACCAGCUGUACUCAAGAUAAUUUGCUUUCAAGUGUAUGGAAGAGGAAAGAGAAAUCUCAUCAAUGCUGGCAAUGAGGAUUUUCACUCACUCGCUUACCAUUUGUACGUCUCCUCUUGUGGAAAAUGGGACUGUGACUGCAUUUAUUUCUGAGUUUCCAUGGUCUUCUUUGAAAAGUACUUGUCAUAUGAAUACUUUGGGACAGUGGGUGAUAGGGACAUAUGAUGAGAAGGCCAGAAGCAAGGAGUUAUAGGCAGGAGCUGCAUUCUUAUGGACUACAGUACUUGUAUGUUCCUGCUGCCCCCUGAUUAAAGGGACAGGCACUGUUUUGUGUGUAUAUAACAUGACUCUUUUCUAGAUUAAAUUAAGAGUUUUGCUCCUUCUUCAUCUGCCACACUCCAUAUCAGAGAUGGCUAAUUCUAUAACAGCACCUCAGGUGUUUUCUAGUAUUAUAAUAGAGACUUUGACAUGGAUACUGUGAAGAAGCAUAGUUAAGCUGAGCUAUUGAAGAGCUAAUUUCUGUUUCCCUCCAAAACAUUCUGUUGCACAAAAGGAUGCUUGGUGCAGCAAGCUCCGGGGGGGGGGGAUGGUUACAUUUGUGAUUGACAGCCAGCAAGCACCCAAGGGGCUAGGCUAUUAUGAAACCUCCACUCCCUAUUGGUUAAGUUGAGAGUCCUGACCCUGGAGGGAGAGAGCACAAUCGAGUCCUGAAUGUCUGUUCCUAAGGCUGAAACUGUGAAGAAAAGCUGUGUGAGUAAGCCUCUAGCCUAACAUUACAGAACUAGAAGUUAGCUGAAAGUUUUAUUUUAUUUUUCAUGCUUGCACUUUUCAUUUUGUACUUUCCUGUCCCUGUUUUCUUCAAGAAAUAUGUUCUAACCGUUAAACUGUAGUGAGCUGUUAGUGUCUGAGUACUCUGAGGAGUUAACUCUCUUCCAUAGGCCUUUCAAUUAAGAACAUUAUUAUUUGGAUGGGGAAGACUAGAGGGGCUUCGUUUUCAAGGUGAUCCAAGGCCACUUAAUUGUUUUCCGGAAAAGGGGAAGGUUCAAGGAGUUGGUGGCAGCAUACCAGGUUGGAAAGAGUAAAUGGGAAAAGAGGGUGUGGUGACUUUAAGGAGCUGCAGUUUGUUCUCCGCCUUUCUCCCCAGAUUCUGUGCACUGUUUCUUUUUCCUCUCUUAGAAACAAAGGCUGACAUCCAGACUAAAUUACACACCUGAGUUGUCCUAUUGAAAUUAAGUAGUCAUUUAAAGUAAUUCCGGAGUAGUACUAAUGAGUAACUUACUGGGUGUCAGCCAAGGACUUUUAGAUACUUCAGAAAGCCAGGACUCUGCUUGGGGUGUGUGUGUGUGUGUGAUUUGUUUGUGGAAUCUCUACCCUUCAACUCUGCAAUUAUCUGGGUUUUCAGUUUCAGAAUACAUUAAUGUUGCAAUUCAGAUUAACUAAUUUUGACUAAUAUAAUAUUUUUACAUUAAAAGAUUAAAAUCCA